AUGAAUGAAAUGAAAAGACUUGCGUGGGAAUCUUUUGUAACAGUUAGACAAAAUUUCCUCGGAAAUCAUCAGACUGGGAACUAUGUAAACUUAAUAGAAGAAAUGCUAAUUAGUUUCAAAGAUUUAUGCUGUAAUAUGAGUAUAAAAAUAGACUAUCUCAAUAGUCAUCUAGAUCAAUUCCAAGACAAUUAA